UGAAACAGCCUAGCUAGCUAGCUAACACACCACUAGCUAAUUAAGCUCGCUCGAUCACUUCAUCAGUUAGCAUUAGCAAUGGCUUCCACCACCAAAGUCGUAGCUCCCCUCCUCGCCUUCACCCUCCUCAUCCUCGCCGUCGCGGCGCGCGGCUGUGAGCCCAACUGCUCCGGUGGUCCGGUGAUCCCGACGCCGACAACGCCGUCGUACGACCGCCAUGGCCACUGCCCCAUCGACGCCCUGAAGCUGAGGGUGUGCGCCAACGUGCUCAAUGGGCUCGUUGGCGUCAAGAUCGGAGCCGGCCCCAACGAGUGCUGCUCGCUGCUGCAGGGGAUCGCCGACCUCGACGCCGCCGUCUGCCUCUGCACCGCCGUCAAGGCCAAUGUGCUGGGCAUCAACCUCAACCUCCCCGUCGAUCUGAGCCUCAUCCUCAACAAGUGCAACAAGAUCUACCCAUCCGGCUUCACCUGCUAAUUGAGCUCAACCAUGCAUGCAUAAUUAGUCCUCAUGCAAUGACUGGCUCUGAAGGCUUGAGUUGCAUGAUUAAAGAUUAAUUAAUCUUGAAAUAAUUAUCUUGUUUACUCGCUUCUGCAUUUGUGGCUAGCUCGUUCUAUAUUGUAUUGUACCUUACUGUACCAUUAAUUCUUUAAUAAUGAUUACUUCAUUGUUGU